AUGGGCACGACACAGCAGUACUUACGUCUCACGUUCCACUCGCCUUCAACUCCUCUUGGACGCGAUCCACAGAUUACAGCCAGUCCGCAGACUGACGAUAGAAGACUGCUGAUUGCUAUCAGCGGACUGUCUCGUCAGAUUAAUCUAAAUACUGCCGAUAUAAAGGAGCGCUUGGAUUCUGUAGACUCCAGGUUGCUGUCCCUGGAGGAGAAGUUGGUGGCUCUGGAGUUAAACAGCGCGGGAGAGACGAACUCCGACAAGAGAAGACGGGUCCGCAAUCCCAAGCUUGCGGAAUCGGUACGUCGUCUUCACAACUCGGAGACGGAAUUCCAGGCGCUACGAGCCAGAGCAAGGACUAAUCUCUCCUCACGUUAUUGUGUCGGCGUGCACGACGGCGUGUCUGGGUUCACGAUAUCCUCCAGAGACGAGCGCCCCUCCAUCUGCCUACGGUUCCUUGCCACUGGGGAUUCGUAA